GCUAGGAAUUUGUAAUUUUACGAUGUUGAUUUUGAUUUAUUAUUUGAUAACAAAAUUAAGUUUCAGUGACAAGAAUUGAUAAGGCAGUGUAUCUGUUCCAACGUUGGCAUCAAGUCAUAUUGUUCGGCACUUCUUUUUAUCAGGAUGCUGCAGAAACUAACCGGCCCUAGUUUGAGAGUGGCGAGGGUGUAUCUAACGUCAAGCGCGUCGUUACACAUAAGGAUGAUGUCGUCGGCCGCUGAAAAGGGAUCCAACUUCUUUUUUAGGCAGCUUUUCGAUACAGUUAGCAGCACCUACACUUACCUGCUGGCCGACCAGACUGCCAAAGAGGCGGUGCUCAUCGACCCGGUGCUGGAGCAUGCUGAGAGGGACGCCACUCUUCUUCAACAGCUGGGGUUCAAACUGCUGUUUGCCAUGAACACCCACAUGCACGCAGACCACGUAACCGGCACGGGCAAGCUCAAGUCCCUAUUACCAGGCACUAAGAGCGUGAUUGGCCAGGCGUCUGGCGCUCAGGCGGAUAUCCACUUGGUAGACGGCGACCUGGUGAAGUUCGGCGACUAUCAGCUCUUGGCGACCGCCACUCCUGGACACACUAAUGGAUGCUUGACUUAUAUUUGUCAUGAUCAGGGCAUAGCGUUCACAGGCGACACGCUCCUAAUCCGAGGCUGUGGCCGGACAGAUUUCCAGGAGGGCUCCUCUGAGGGCCUGUACAACUCUGUCCACCAGAAGAUAUUCACCCUGCCGGACCAUUACACCCUGUAUCCUGCCCACGACUACAGAGGACAGACGGCCACCACGGUGGGAGAGGAGAAGAAAUACAAUCCGAGGUUGACAAAGUCGUUGGAGGAGUUCAUAAACAUCAUGGACACUUUGAAUCUGCCGUACCCUAAGAUGAUUGAUAAGGCGAUCCCCGCGAACAAAGUAUGUGGGCUAUAUGAAGUAAAAAAUGACUAAUUAGAAUUAUAUGUAUAUCUAGAAAUAAACAACUUAUAAUUUUAAUUACAUAUGUGAUUAAGAUGUAGAUCAUUUUA